AAUAAUAAUAAAAAAAAGAGGAAAAAGCGCAAUAUAGACACACACGAAUACAUACACACACAUGUGCGUAUGUAUAGAGCGCUAGCGAUUUACGAUAACGAUAAUUUGAGUACAAUCUUUAUAUAACAAAAACCCAAUUGCGAAGCAACAAACAAAACAAAAACGAAAAAACGAGAAACAACGCAAACGCAAGCAAAACGAGAACGGCUGUUAAAUGCGGCGAUCAAAACGCCAGCGUUAUUGUCACCCGAGCAACAACAAGAACAACAGCAAGAACAGCAAUAGCAAUCGCAGCAACAGUUAUCGAUAUCAGCAAAAGGACGGGGACACGAGCAUCAUCGCUGUUUGUUGACUGGAAUAUAGACUGGAAAGGCAUCGCAAUAAUCGAUCGAGCAGCAGCAGCAGCGGCAGAGAAAACAAUUUGACGACAAUUUCGAUUGUUGUUCAGGCUUUGCCAAAUAAUGGAACCAGAUCCCAAUGGGAUAAAGAUCGAACCAACACUUGACCAUCAUCAGCAGCAGCAACAGCAGCAACAACAAUACGCAACACUCUUGGCAAUAAAUGGCCCAAAUGCGCGCCUUCUUAUCGAGCAUCCGUCAGCGCUGUUGGUACCCCUAUCGACACAUCAGCAACAGCAAUUGCAAUUGCAGCAACAGCAACAGCACCAGCAACAGCAGCAACAACAGCAGCAACAGCAACAGUUUCAACAACAGCAACAGCAGCAUCACCUACAGCAGCAACAGUUUCAUCAGCAACAAUUGCAAAUAACAUUACCCGCUUACACACAGCCGCUCUCGCUUAAGCAACAGCCGCCGCCCACGCCCCUGGGACCCACCUCGACAGUCAGCAACAGCAACAGCAAUACGCAACAGCAACAGCCACAACAUCAUCAUCAUCAACACCAGCAGCGUUGGAACGAGAGUCCAGAGGCGAGACAACGGCGGUUGGCCCGCAAUGCUGAAAGGAUGCGCGAGAGACGUCAGCGUGAAAGUGAAGACGAAUAUCGAAAACGUUUGAUGCGUAACGCCGAAGCAAAUCGCCAAAGGCGACAGAAUGAAUCAGAUUUGGAGCGUGCAAUGCGACUGGUACGCAAUGCAGCCCGUCAGCGCCUGCGACGGGCAAUGGAAUCACCGGAUCAGAGAUCGAAGCGUUUGGCCAAGCUGGCCGAAAGGAUGCGCAUGUAUCGAGCCAGCGAGACGGCGGAUCAACGCAAGGUGCGACUGGCAGAGAUGGCGGCCAGAGCUAGACAGCGCAUUGCCAGCGAAUCGGUUGACGAGCGCAAGGAAAGACUGAGAAAGCUGAACGACUAUGCGAAAAAGGUCAGAGAAAAGAAAAAGAUAUACAAACAGGUGCAGGUGCAUGUUCAGAAUUCGUCGUCGUCUUCAUCGACCAAUUCGACCAAUUCCAAUACACUGACCGUUCAGCAGCAGCAGCAGCAGCAACAGCAGCAGCAGCAGCAGCAACAUCAACAGCAGCAGCAGCAGCAGCAGCAGCAGGUGCUAGCAGUGGCAACAGCCGCUGCUGCCGCCGCCGCCGCCGCUGCAAACGUAGCUGGCCAAUCAGCCAAUUGUAAUAAUGAGCAUAAUAUUAAUUUAAAUCAGGCAAACGUCACAUCAGCGCCUGCCAACAACAACAACAACAAUGCCACCACCACCAGCAGCAGCAGCAGCAAUACUACAACAGCAGCAGCCGCAGCAGCAACUGUUGCCGCCGAUGAUCAGCAUUUGGUAACGGCUGCCCCGGCCUCUGCCUAUCAACAGCACCAGGCCAUCGAGUAUAUGGGCCAGAAUAUGUUUAUAGCGCGACCGACCAUGCAGCUGAAACAGGAGCCACAGCAGCACCAGCAGCAACAGCAGCAGCAGCAGCAACAACAGCAGCAGCAACUGCAGCAGCAGCAACAGCCGCGCUAUUCACUUGGCGCCCAACAGCUGAUCGAUGGAGUGGCUGGUGGCAGUGGAGCUGCCGAGGCGGGCAGCAUCUUUGUCCAACAGAUCUAUGGCGAGGAGCCGGGCAAAACCGGUAAAUUGCUGCAGGCGCAUGUCCCGCACUUUAGCAUUGCCAAUCAGCUCGAGUUCUAUAAGCAGAAAUACGCCAAUAUGGUGGAACUUCAGUCUGGCGAGGCGAACGAUAACAGCGGGUCUGUUACACUGGGUCAGAACGAGGCGAAGGUGAUUGUGGCCGCCGCCGAGCAGCAGCAGCAGCAGAAGGUUCUUAAGCCGGGCACAGCAGCAGCAGCUGCAGCCGCAGCCGCCGCCGCCGCUGCGGCAGCAACGACAUCAACAACAACCGGCACUCAGCUAUACAAUCAGCUGCCCUAUCUGGCCACAUUCCCAGCGACGGCCAACAGUACUGGAACGAGUGGAACUGGUACAGUUACAGUUACGGGCGGCGGCGGUGCAGCUGGCGCGGCCAAUGGCUCAGCGGCAGCCAGCGCAACCGCCUACUAUCCCAUGUAUCACAAUGGCUUCCAAUUGGGCAUCGGCCCCAAUACGGUGCCGCCGCCAUUUACGCCCGUGCAUUUCGCCAAUGCCAGUGGCGGGAGCAGUCCAACGGCGCCAGGACAGUACAAUAUACUGACGGCGCCAACCGGUGCAAAUCCUACGCUAACUGUCACCGGACUUGGUCAGCAACAGGAUCCGCAGCAGCAACAGCAGCAGCAGCAGCAACAGCAACAGCAGCAGCAGCAACAGCAGCAACAGCAACAGCAGCAGCAACAGCAGCAGCAACAGCAACAGCAACUGCUGCAUGAAUUCCCAAAAAUGGGUCGGGGUCGUCCACGUAAGAUUAGCCUGUUGACCAGUGAGGAUCAUCUGAAGGCGAACACGCUGCUGGAACAGGAACUCAAUCAAAUGCUAUCCGCACCGCAUUUGGGAACGGGCAUUGGAAGCGGGCGACGCGGCCGUCCGCCACUGCAUCAUGGCCAUCAUCAUCACCAUCUACAUCAUGCACAUUCCACGGCAGAUGGCGAUGGCUCUGCCACGCCGCGACGCAGCGGCGCCAACAAAUAUGAAACGGAAGAGGAGAAGCGCAUUCGACUCGACAAAAUGGCGGCGCAUCAGCGUGCGGUGCGUGCAAAUGAAUCGCCCGAGCAGCGAACGUUGCGACUGCAGAAGCUAAGCGAACGGGCGCGUCUUAAGCGUGCACAGAUCCGGGCCACCGAGAACAAUGAGGAGCGCAAAGAACGGCUGUCCAAGCAGGCCGAAUACGCCAGACUGCGGCGCAUGCGCAGCCACACGCCGCGCACGAGCAGCAGCGCCAGCGCCGAAUUUCACGGCAAGACCGAGGACGAUACGGCCGAGCAGCUGUACGACAAUGAUACGGAUGGCGGGGAUAGCUUUGUGCUGAAAACGGACUCGCAGCUGGACGAUGGCGAUGCUGAUGAGCAGGACAAGCAGCUGGAUGUGCUGCAGCAGCAACAAUUGCAGCAGCAACAGCAGCAGCAGCAGCAACAACAGCAGCAGCAGCAACAGCAGCAGCAACAUGAACUCCAUCAAAUGACAGGCAGCCUGCUGCAGCAGCCGCAUCACGAGGCAAUUGUCAUCAAUCAGCAGCAGCAGCGCUUGGUCAGCCUCAAUCAGCAUCAGCAAAGCUACAGCAAGCUGCAGGCGGCCACAGCGACCAGCGCCAGCAGUGCGGCUGGCGGGGCAGGUGGCAACGGAGCCGGCGCACCUGAGAAUAAUGAUAUGCUAAAGAUACUCGAACCAAUAAUUGUUAUGAAAACCAAAUGAGUAUCGCGAAAGCGCCAAAAUGAGCUAACAAAAUGCUAGACUCUGUGCUGUAUAUAUAUAUAUAUAUAUAUAUAGAUCAGCUAUGUAUAUAUAUAUAUAUAUAUUAUAUAUAAAUCUAGCUAUAAUUUUGGCUAUUGUUGGCGCUGCAGCGUGCAGAAAUUGUUGUUGACAACGAACGAACACACACACACACAAACACAAAUAUUUCGUCUGGUCAGCCACGCCUCCUACCCUACCCCUCCCCUAACACACACCCACAUUUCUUGUAGCUAUAUAUAUAUAUAUAUAUAUAUAGAAUAUUUCGUCUGUAUUGAACGCGUUUGUACAAAGUGAAAGCGAAACAGAACGAAAGAAAUAGAGAGAGAGAGAGAGCAGGAAAGAAAGAAACAAAAGAUAUCCUUAAGG